UCUAAGGGGUGGGCGUGUAUGAGACUAGAAGGAGGAGGUCAAAUGUGUUGCUAGGUUUUGGAAGCGUGAGGUUAGCUGUUAGACAGGUGAGAUAUUGGACUUGGUACGUUGGACUAACUCGAUAUUAUAAAGACUGCAUUAGAUUCAUAUCCGGUGUGAAUACCUACGAAUUGUUAUUGUUUCUAUUCCAUUGUGCCUCGUAUUGAUCCCGGCUCACUCGAUCACAGCUAGCCGUAGUGCUGUAAGUUAGCACUCUGCUCACACAUUAGCAAAAGCGACAGAGUUAGUUAGAUGGGACAUAACUAAACCUUUAAUGGUUUAGUAUGAUGCCUCUCAGUGGUCCGUCUCAGUGGAUCGUUGGGUACUUCGUGUUUCGACGUUUUUCUAGCAGCGCUGUUAUCUAAACCCUGCUCUUUGAACCCCGGUCAUCAUGUUUCACACCAUGCCCAGGCGGCCCAUGUGUGAAAUGGGAAUAAAAGCAGUGAGGCUUCAACGUACUUGUGCACUUAGAACGAAUGCGAGCCAGGAGCAUGCGAGUCCCGCCGGUACCGUGUGGCUGGGCCGAGGCCUGGGUCUGCUGCUGACAUGUCUGCAGAGAGCUGGGCUCUGUGUGCGGGAGGUCUCCCGUCCGGGCAGGAAGAAGCAAGGCCUGCUGUCCCUAUUUGCCAAUCACUGUAGCUUUGUAACGGGUCAGAGGCUCAGACGGGCUCAUCAGAUCGGCGAGCUUUACUCGAACCUGUACUCCGAGCGGACCAGGUGGACCCUUGUAGGCAACAUAUGGCGGCGGUUUCAGAACAAGCAGGCCCCAGUGGGGAGGCUCGUAGCCGCCCUGGCCGGGGUCUUCAUGUGGGAGAACGAAAAGAUCGAGGAUGAGGAAAUCACCAGGUGUGGGCUCGAGCUGCGAUCCCUCGACUCCAUGAAGAGAAGGAACUCCUUGCCGGUGGAGGAGGCUGAGGAGGUAGAGGCUGGCUGGGAGUCCGUGGUGGAGAAGAAGGAAUUCAAAGUGUGGAAAAGACCUAUUCCUGACAGUCAUCUCUAUGAAUACAGAGUGUUGGCCUCAUACAAUGACGUCACGCCAAGACAGUUCUUCAAUGUUCAGUUGGACACGGAGUACCGGAAGACCUGGGACGCGCUGGUGAUCAAGCUGGAGGUGGUGGACCGCGAUGCCAACACGGGCUCCGAGGUGGUGCACUGGGCCACGCACUUCCCUUACCCCAUGUACUCCAGAGACUACGUGUACGUGCGCCGCUAUGAUGUCGACUGGGAGAACAACUUGAUGAUCCUCGUUUCCAGGGCCGUAGCCCACCCGCGGGCCCCCGAGACCCAGCAGUUUGUGAGGGUCCAUUCCUACCAGUCCAAGAUGGUCAUCCGUCCUCACAAGUCUUUUGACGAGAAUGGGUUUGAUUAUCUGCUGACCUACAGCGACGACCCCCAGACCGUGUUCCCCCGCUACUGUGUGAGCUGGAUGGUGUCCAGUGGCAUGCCUGACUUCCUUGACAAGCUGCACACGGCGGCGCUGAAGGCCAAGAACCUGGAGGUGGGGAUCCACGACUACACCAGCAGGCUGAAGCCUAAGGACGCCGGCCGGCAGCCCAGCCCGGAGCGCCUCGCCGGGGAGAACGCCCCGGGCCCCAUCUACGCUUGAUGUGGAGGUCACUGCAUUGGGGGGAGGGGGCAAGAGGAGAGGGGGGACACGCACUAGGAACACAAACAUAAACCUAGUUACAACAGGUUCAUCCAUUCAGUCUGUUGAACGGUGGAGGGGGGGGGGGAGAGAAAGAUGGAAAUAGGAUGCGUACGUAGAAGACACAUCUGUCCUUCCACUGAACUCCCCCCCCCCCCCCCCCCCCCCCUCCUACAUUGGAUAAAUCCAGUCGUCAUGGAAACAAGUGGUCAGCAAAAAAAAUCAUCUAUUUAUUUUUUCUUCCCUCUUGGGCAUCACAAACCGGUUGUUUCGUAAAGUUUUUUUUGCAGAACGUCCGCCUGGAAACUGCCGUUGCUUAGUCUGGCGACGAAGGCCAGGGGACUAUGCAGGUUGACUGGUGCUAAAGCGAUGCGUUGCUGCAGCGGCUGAGUGAGGCUGAGCCAAAACAUGCUCCACGCAGAGACACUGUUGCCAAAGCGCUGCUUUUUUUUAACGCGGUCCCCCUCAAGUCUCAUGUCUCAUUAGCCACACCCAUUGACAUUCACGCCAGACAUCGUUUUCACCGUUCACAUGCCGCUACUUGCGCUCAUGUCGGCUUAGCUGUUGCUCACCAUGGAUCAUUUGUUGUUGUUAUUGCAAAAUGAGUCUUCAAUGGCUGCUUGUAGAAAGUUGUUGCCUAAAUCGUUUGCCAGCCCAACAGAUAUAUGAUAUUGAUAUAUGUAAAGCAAAUGGAUGGAUCCAAAUGAUGUCGGUGAAACGGGAAUUCUGCAUGCGUCGACCGCUACAAUGGAUUUAGCUUUUACUGGAUCGGACGCUGAAUCUAUUGGUCGGGGGGACAACAUGCCCACAGUUUGUCUUCCAUGGAAUGAACCAUGUGAAGCUUCGACCCACCGCCGACCCCCUCUGUGAGCACGGAGUACUGAUCUCAUCCGUCCCACAUUAUCUGUUUGUGUUUUUUAUUGUUAUGUUUUUUGUUUUUUUUAAAGACAGGUUUGUAAAUCUGGCCAGUCCUCAAGCAGACGCACUCCUCAGAUAUCUUGGUACGCCCCAUCGACUAAAUGCUCUUGAACAGCACACAUCCCAUCUCCCCCUGUCCUAUGAGUCCAUAUAUUACUGUUUGUGGUCCAUCUGCAGAGACAUGCAACGGCUUUUAUGUGUCGUCAAUUCAACCAAGCAGUUGGUGGAACAGAUAUUGUUUUUAUUCCUCGUUGAAGACCAUAUACAUCCACAACUGGUGGCCUGACUUGAGUUAGCCGAUGUGAUUAAGAAUUCCUUUUCCUAGGUUGUCAUUUAUUUUUUGUAUUUCAUGUAAUACUGGACUCGACCAUCAAGGCUCUGGUUGUACCCAGGUGUGUGACUGUGUGUGUGUGUGUGUGCGUGGGGUUGAUUUUUAAAUGUUCAUAACACGCAUGCUGUAGGAAGUCAAGUGCUCAAUUGGACUAUUAAUUACUCAAUACUGCCUGACAAACGUCAAAUGUCACCAAGAACAUUUAAAAUUUGAUGCAGAGUGGGUUGUUUGUGUACGGGAUCAUAAUGGACGAGUUAAGGCUUUGGAUAACUACUGGGUUAGGUACUAACUUAGUUACUACUACUAACCCCACGAUGUCACAGCCAUAUUGACCUGUUUUCAGCAAAUUGCGAGUCUAGUGUUUUAACAAUACGUUUGCCAAUGUCAAUUUAUUAAGACAUGCCCAAUACGUUUUGAAGUAUGGGGAAUGUAUGUAGUGCGGGAAAAGGAAGUGACUAUCUAUUAUCAUUAGGCUAUAGGCCUUUAUCGCAGAGGUGUAUAGGAUUUGUGAACACAGGUGUAUCCCAUAAUUAUUAUCUCAUUAAGUUGAUGAGCUACACCUGGGUUCACCCUACUAUGACACUGGGACUCUUGGCUUGAGGGGUUCAAUGGUGGAGCUACGAGAUGGAUGUACUAACAUAGAAAUUAAAAGGUAUUCAUUGAUAAGGAAUAUUCAACUUGAACAUUAACAUCUUCCAGGUCAUUUCUAGACGUGUGUGUGCCACAGAUUCUCAAAGGGUUUUGUUUGUGAAGAGAUUCAACCUUGUGUUGUGAUUAAUUAUUGUUAAAGCUUCUAAUGAUUGUAUAAUGCAUUCUAUAUACAUACAAAAGAAAUGGGCAGUUCAGUGGCAUGGUUCCCUUGUAAUCCUGUGAUUUGGAGAAAUAUUGAAAUUGAACAUCUUAUCGUUUCAAAUAAACAGACCUUCAAGUGUAUCCAGUGUUGUGGUUUACAUUGGACUUUGGCAUCUGGCCGUCGUAAUCAUGUUCAAACACAACUCAAGUUAGUAUUGCUUGCGCGAGUGUCCAAAACAGACUUAAUCUUUCUCCUCAUGUCCUUGAGGCAGCCAUGUUCUCCUGGUCUGCCUCAAGGACACCUGAAAAAAAGCUUUUUGCCACUUUUCACUUAAAUCAUCAUGGCUACUCAGUCCUUACUCAGUAAAUCGUGACUUUAAAUACACAUCUCAUCUCAAGGGGGAGUAUAGAUUAGUGCUCAGCAAUAAUUCAAUCUAUUUUAUCAUCUGAGUGGUAUUGUAAAGUCAUUGAAUACAAAUAUUGGCUCAAACAAAUCAGUUGUAAAAGGCUUUCUGUUGAGAUGAGAUAUUGUAUGGAAUAUCUUGUAUAAGAUGUAUUAUACAAUUGUUACAAAAUAAUAUAAAUAUUACCUUGAUUCAAACCCAAAUUACUAAAUAUUUAAAUACAGUGACAUCACUAGAGUGAAGAUGAAUUGUUUGAAUUCAUGCAUCAUAAAUUCAUACUCAUAUUGUGACGUUGAAGUCCUUACCGUUACCGUGAUCAUACAUGUUGCCGUCAGCUAAAUAUCAAGCGGCUUUGUUCGGCCUCUUCUUUCAGAGCACGCAAAUUCCCUUGAUUCGCGUUCACCUUUCAGUGCAUUUGCGCAUUGGUGCAGCAAGUUCAGCUGUGGCCAACGAAUGCAACAGGUGUUGACCGCAUGGCGGCACGUAGACUGCAGUCACUACUCGGUGCCAUGGCGGUCCAUGAUGCAAGAGCGAAGUCACAGUUCUUUAAGUUAAGUCAGCUGGUGAAACAUGGCAUCUAGGCUGCACCGCGGCAUCCGAAAGGGGAUGUUGAUUAAUGAUGUCCCAAAGUCUUCAGAAAGUGAAUAUACUACAGUGCAUAAGUGGUAUAAAUUAUGAUAUCUCUCCCCCAGCUAUGUUUAAUUUGCCAUGACGUCACCGAGGUGAGGUCAGAUCUCUGUUCCGUCUAUAAAUACUCGGUUUGAUUAAGAUUAGGCCCAAAUGGCCUGUUGGGUGAAUAUCAAUCUUAUCAUCUUAAGAUGCUUUAGUGUUCAGGUUUGUGGUCAUUGCCGAGUCGUCCAUCAGGGCCUUUAUGGCGGGCUUCUAUGGCGCGUCAUGCUCCAGACAGUGUCAGGGCGUGGCUCAUGACUUAUGGCUAAUGCGUUUGGUCUCGUAUGGCACGAUUUGAAACCUAAACAUCUCUGUGCUUUACGUAAUUUAUUUUUAACUGAAUUACCAGUUACCAGUCACCAAUUUCUUCCAACUCUGCUCUUUAGUUCACCUUCAUAUUGUCUGAUUGCUAGCGCUUAUCACUUUUGCGUCUAAGUGUCUUAGAGAAGGACCAUGACGUCUUGUCGGCAGAGAAUCGCCGCUCAUUGAUUUCUAUGUAGUUUUUCAUUUGUGGGGAAAAUGAAUACAAAUAAGAGAAUCUGGGUGCUUAAAUCAAUCUGUUUAUUACACAUUCAUUGACAAAUACAUUGAUAUGAAAUGGGGUGCUCGCUUCAAGCAUACAUGGGGAAAAAAUAAAUCUUUGAAACCAAUAUAAUACAGAUGAACUCAACAAUGAACACAAUGUUGGUACAUUAUAAGCAGAGAGGAAAAUCAAAGAAAAAAACAUAUCUAAAAGUGCUGUUCUCAUUCAGCAUGGAAAACCAAUUUCCUUUAGCGAGUUGCAGAAAAUAUGUACCCGCUUUGGUCGGGUCAUUUUGACCCUUAACUCUUGAAAAUACAGAUAAGUUAGUGUGCUUAAACGUUAAUAAUUAAAGCAGACAUUCAAGGCUAUUUACCUUUUUUUUUGUAUAUAUGGAUGGAUGUUGAAUAAUAAUCAAUGAUCAAAGUGUAUAAAUGUUCUGUAUCUGGACCAGAUGCUCAUUCAUUUCAGUUUUGUCCAGAUUGAUGCUAUUGUGCUCCUCAUACAUCGUCGAGUGCAGCAUGUUUUAACAUAUGACCUCUACCGCUUACGUGUAUUA